UUAACAGAGGUUAAGCAGACGGGUGCAAACUCCAGUGAGGAAGGGAGAGCUGACAGUGAAAGCAGACUGAGACAGAGAGAAAAAAAAGAGUACAGAGAGAGUAGGUUGUACUUGAAAGAUUAAUUUCUACGAAGCAGACCAGCCAGUACUUUGGGAAUUGUGUUUGUCCUCCUGGGAAAGCUGUUUGUGGCACUGUUACUGUCACACACAUACACACCCACACAAACUGGCAAUACAUCUGAGAUCUGAGGAAUUACUGACUAGGAUCCCUGCAGAUGACAUGCAGUCUGAGAAAAGAGUGGAGGUAUAUGAUCAUCUCAAUGGCUCACGGAUCAUUUUCUCAGAUGAGGCUCUACCUGGCAGUGGAUCGAGACAGAACUUCAUGACUCCGGAUAUACCCCAGGAUGUAGUAGUCAUCUCUCCUGGUCUUCCUACACCUCCCUCGAGUCCGAUACUCAACAGUUUAUCUUCACAGCAGAAGGUCGCUGAGGUCAAUGGAGGAGGAUUCCCAUCACAUACAUUUGGAUCUUACUAUGGACCAACUGAGACAAUUGUUGGACUAUCUAAUGGGGGAAUACGAAGUGGUUCUGAUACACUGCCUAAGACUUCUGGCACCCGGGAGGAGCGCUUAAUAAAGUUUUCUGGAAUAGGUCCUGUAGAUGAGACAGGCAUGCCAAUAGCAUCUCGAUCUAGCGUAAACAAGCCCAAGGACUGGUAUAGGAGCAUGUUCAGGCAAAUCCACAAGAAACCAGAGGAGCCUGAAUUUGACUGGCGAGAAAGGGAGCUGUCAUCAUAUUCUUCCAUAGAUUCUGCCCAGCAGGAUGGGUUUUCAUUCCCAAUCACCCUCAACCAGCAUGGAGCUCUGACUGACUGGGCUGAUCUGGGUGACACAGGGAAACAUCCAGAACCAAAGAAUAUUUUUGACUUUGAGCCUGGAAAGGAAGCAGUGGCAGAGGGUCAUAACAAGUAUCUAAGAUCUAAAUCACAGCUGCCUUUACAUCACACUUUAGUGAAACCUCAAUCUCCGUCAAUAGAGGCAACAUUGGUGUCAGAACUGAACCAAUUUGAGGCAGAGCUGGACUCAGAAAUACGUGGUUUGGAAAGAAAACUGUCACAGAAGCAGCAUCAGCGGCCAGGCCGGGGUGAGGCCAAAGCCAAUGCACCAGCAACAAGGACAGAGGUGAACAGACAAGAAAACAGCUCUCCCUUAAUCCCCUGCUCUGCUGUAAAGCAGGGCAUAACUUCAAGCUUUAUGCAUGCUGAUGAUCACAUAUCUUCAAAGAUGGAUUUUCCACCUAAAAAAGAAGACCGGAAGAGGAAAGCAGCCCGAGCCAAAUUUAAUUUCCAAGCACAGUCACCAAAGGAGUUGACCAUACAAAAAGGUGAUGUGGUGUACAUACACCGGCAGAUUGAUGCCAACUGGUAUGAAGGAGAGCAUCACGGGAGAGUGGGAAUAUUUCCCACUAGCUAUGUGGAGAUUAUUCCUCCAACAGAGAAGCCCACUCCAAUAAAGUCUCCCACCAUCCAGGUUUUAGAGUACGGAGAGGCCGCAGCCUUGUUCACCUUCAAUGCCGACCUGCCCGUAGAACUGUCCUUCAGAAAGGGCGAGGUGAUCUCCAUCACCAGGCGUGUUGAUGAUCAUUGGCUGGAGGGUCGUAUUGCUGGCACCACCCGCAGUGGAAUCUUUCCUAUCAGCUACGUCCAGGUCAACAAAAUGCCCCGCACUAAAAGCAGUGACGAUUUUCCAUCAUCUCCCACUCCUGAGCCUCUUAGUCCUGGCCGGCCACAGCAUUCCCCUCUGUCUCCCUUGUCACGCUCCCCUGAACCCCAGCUUUCACGUCACAAACUCCUCAGCCAAUCACGCUCCCCUCUGUCACAUGCACAGGCCACCUCUCCCAAACAGCCUACAAACCACUUCCUGUUCUCGCCUUGCACCACUUCAUCCACCUCACCUACGAGCAAACGGACAGGAUUGAUGCACCUUCACAAUACACCGGAAACAGACAGCAGGUCACCUGUGUCACCCUCCAGUCAUGUGCUCCAAUCCCUACAGGGCCCAGGAUUGCCAGCCAAGCAUGUCAGUCCAUACAUCACACAGGGUGCGGCCAGGACACAAUCUUCACAUCCCAACACUGUGAUUUCUUCCACAUCCCAGUCUUCUGUGAACAUGGGUCAUUUGCGACAACCGUAUAAAGCAGUUUACAACUAUAAACCCCAGAAUAGAGACGAGCUGGAAUUGAGAGAAGGAGACAUCGUUCAGGUCUUAGAGAAGUGUGAUGAUGGCUGGUUUGUAGGUACGUCUGAAAGGACCGAUGCUUUUGGAACAUUCCCUGGCAACUAUGUGGCACCAGUUUAAGAGCUUUCACCAACUUUUUCUAGCAAAUUCUUAUUCACUGACACCACAUGCUCAACCACUGCUCAAUGCAAAAUAAAGUCUAUCUAUACUGUUGCUGUCCACUAUACACAGAACUACUGUCCCACACUGUAAAUUCUGUACUUAAAAAAUAUCCCUCCUUCACGUCCUCCACUAAGCAUGUGCACACCUUGUUCCUUUAUUCUUUUAGAAUAAACUCAGAAGCUAAACACA